CUUCGCAUUCGCUCGCUGCGAUGGUAGGACGCUGGACGUUGUGGCUGGCGCUGGUGGCGGCGGCGGCGGCGCGGCCGCAGGAGGCCGAUGGCACGCCGCAGGUGGAGGUAAAGCCGCAGGACCUGGCCGGCGACGGGACUGCCUACACGGUUCAAGGCUCCGAUGAGGAGCUGCAGGCGAAGGCCCGCGCAUUCCUGGCCGUGAUGGAGCCGCAGAGUGAGGAGCGCGCCCGCACAUUGGCACUCGCCGAGUGGGCGCACGCCUCCAACAUCACCGACGAGAACGAGCAGGCCAUGCUCGCCGCCCGACUGGAGUACGCCCGAUUCGACAAGCAGCGCUGGACGGAGGUGAAGAAAUACGACUGGUCCAAAAUCAAAGACGAGAGCAUUCGUCGCCAAUUCAAGAUCCUUUCUAUGCUGGGCACAGCUGCUUUACCUGAAGAAAAGCUAAAAAAGUAUGACCAGAUGCAGAGCUCUAUGGAAAAGACGUACAGCGUGGCAAGAAUAUGCGACCAGAAGAGAGAAAACUGCGAUUUGAGCCUGGAGCCAGACCUGUCCGAGAUCAUGUCCAAGAGCAGAGACCCGGAGGAGCUGGCACACGUCUGGCUCAAUUGGCGCGAAAACACGGGACGCAGGAUGCGAGAACACUACAAGGCUUUCGUCAAGCUCAUCAACGAAGCCGCUGAACUGAACGAUUUCAAGGACGGCACAGAGAUGUGGCUGAACGCCUACGACACGCCCGACUUCCGGUCGCAGAUCGCGCGCCUCUGGGACCAGCUGACCCCGCUGUACGAACAGCUGCACGCCUACGUGCGCGGGCGUCUGCGCAAACACUACGGCGAGGACGUGGUCAGCAAGGACGGCCUGAUCCCGGCCCAUCUGCUGGGCAACAUGUGGUCCCAGUCGUGGUCCAAUCUGCUGGAUAUUUGUAAGCCUUACCCCGAAAAGGCCAGCGUUGACGUGACGCCUCAAAUGGUGGAACAGGGCUACACACCGCUCAAGAUGUUCCAAAUGUCGGACGAGUUCUUCACGUCGCUGGGUCUUAUCCCGAUGACGCCCGAGUUCUGGAACAACUCCAUCAUCGAGAAGCCAGCUGACGGCCGUGAGCUCGUUUGCCACGCCUCCGCCUGGGACUUCUACGACGGCAAGGACGUGAGGAUAAAGCAGUGCACAGUGGUCACACUGGAAGACUUUAUAACCGUCCACCACGAGAUGGGUCACAUCGAAUAUUUCCUGCAGUAUAGUGGCCAGCCUCAAGUCUUCAAAACGGGAGCCAACCCAGGCUUCCACGAGGCCGUCGGUGACACCCUGGCCCUUUCCGUCGCAACGCCCAAGCAUCUCAAAGAGGUCGGACUUCUGGAGGAGGUCGUCAACGAUCCAGAGGUGGACAUGAAUUUUCUGAUGUCGGUGGCGCUGGACAAGAUCGCCUUCCUGCCGUUCGGCUACCUCAUGGACAAGUGGCGCUGGGGCGUGUUCUCGGGCGACAUCUCGGAGGACGACCUCAACUGCGGGUGGUGGAAGCUGCGCGAGGAGCUGCAAGGCAUCCGGCCGCCCAGCGUGCGCUCCGAGAUGGACUUCGACCCGGGAGCCAAGUACCAUAUCCCGGCGAACGUGCCCUACAUCAGGUACUUCGUGUCGUUCAUCAUCCAGUUCCAGUUCCACAAGGCACUGUGCACAGCCGCCAACCAGUACGACCCGAACGACCGGUCCCGGCCGCUGCACCAGUGCGAUAUCUACCGCAACAGAGAGGCGGGGAAGAAGCUGAGUGACAUGCUGAAGUUCGGCUUCUCCAAGCCUUGGCCGGACGCGAUGGAGGCGAUCACAGGUCAGCGCGAGAUGGACGCCACGGCGCUGCGAGACUACUUCCAGCCGCUGGAGGACUGGCUCAAGCGCGAAAACCAGGAGAACCAGGAGUUCAUCGGAUGGAAGAAUGACGAACCGCUGUGUAUGCGACGACCGCCAUCUAUCGGUGAUGACGACGACCACGACCACGAGGGUGGCGGCGACAUGCACGAUGACGACGACCACGGCAAGGCGGCGGCGGCCGCGGCGGCGCCCCUCUCUGCCCUGCUGGCGCUGACGACCGGUGCCGUGCUGCUCCUCCGCUGAGCGUGCUCAUAGUGACGUCACGGGCCCGCUGAGGGACGGGUCCGAUCUGUGUGGUUGUGUGGACCUGUGACGACAGUGUAACCGCGCUGCGGUGAUGGUCGGACGUGGCGUGACAUCUGUUCAUGACGUCAUUUGCGGCUGCGGUAUGGUUACUCUAGGUCAUGAACGGUCACUGAUGCGCUCGUGGUACGUUCAUAGUCCCAGGCGCCGCGGGCAGCUUACAGCGUCCAACUGUGGCUUGUGCGAUUUUACAGCAAGGGGGAUAUUGGUACCUUGCGGCUUGUAAGCGUGUUAUGGAAUGAAGAAAUGGGCGGCGGCGCCGGGGUGACUUAGGUUGGGGAUGAUAUGAUUUUUGACGGGUUUGCCAAAAGGACGGUGUGGCGAGACUGACGUUAUAGUUUGAAAUGGUCGGAUUAAUUUUUAGAAUAUUCCGAACAGUGCCACGGUAAGGAAUCCCCCUGCCCUGACUUAUUGAACUCCGAAAGAUGAUGACAUCUUACUAGAUUUUUUGCAGCACCAGCAUUGUUAUGGAGUGGGAAAGCAUAUCAAAGAAUCAAAUACGCAGAGGUUUUGGUUCUGCACAUGCCGAGUUUUGAAUAAUGUGAAAAGCUGCACUUGUGAUACCACUAUAGAAUGAACUUCAAAGCUUGGUCCAUGGACCUGACCACCUUGUAGGUGCCUAAAGUAGUUUACUUUUGGGGGAUGCCAUUGGGCUGUGGCUUUGUUCUAUACAUUAUUCGUGACCGCUUAUUUUUUUAGCCAGCUUUUCUGAUAGUUAUUAUGCAGCGGGUGCUGUCCCAAUGAGCAUAACGGAUCACUCAAUGUCUUCGUUUUAUGAUCAACGUUUUGAAUUAAGCCGUUAUUGUGAGGCAGUCUAAAUGCAAAUACAACCGGUGUAUUUA